CCUGGGCGUAGGAGUGAGAGGAUUGCUUAUUUCGAUCUGGCCCAUACACAACCCCUGCAUGCAGUUUACCUAACCAGCCCUCGACGAAAGGUAUCUUGGACGAAAGGUUAUAUUGAUAUCAAUCUCUGGCAAAGUUGGUCUUCCAUAGCAAAAAGAAACCCCUGUGAAGCAAUGGGCUCAAUAAGGACAAAACGGGCACUUAGGAUCGGUGUCGACGUUGGUGGCACCAAUACCGAUGCUGUGCUGCUCGACCUGGACGCUGUUGAUCAGCCAGACCGUGGAGUCUUGGCCUUUCAUAAAACACCAACAUCGAGUCCUAAUGUUACAGAUGGCAUUGAAACGGCAGUAGGGAAUGUUCUCGGUCAAGCGGGUGACUGCAUUUCUGAAAUCAGCUGCCUUGUCGUAGGUACGACGCACUUUCUCAACGCUGUGAUCGAACGCGAUAGGCAUCGACUUUCAAAGGUUGCCGUAAUUCGACUGUCAAAGAGCUUUACCAAAGACAUCCCACCUUUUUCGGAUUUUCCGCCUGCAUUAGCCAGCAUUCUCCAUGGGUAUCAUGCGUUCAUCGAUGGCGGUCUUCACAUUGACGGCUCCCAGGAAGCCCCAGUCAACGAAAUGCAAGUCUUAAAGGAGUGCGAGACGAUCGAGAAGCUAGGAAUCAAGGCCGUUGUUAUCUCAGGCAUAUUCUCUCCCAUCGACCAGCACUUCCACCAAGAGCAGUCCGUUCGUCGAAUCAUGCAAGAACGAUUACCUGAUGUAGACAUCGUCUGCUCUUCCGAGGUUUCAAACAUUGGUUUGUUGGAAAGGGAAAACGCGUCAAUUUUAAAUGCCUCAAUCAUGAAGUUUGCUCGACGCACCAUCCGGGGAUUCCGCGCUGCCAUGAGACGUUUGGGCCUCGACUGCACUCUUUUCAUCUCCCAGAAUGACGGCACAGUCAUCGACGCCCACUUGGCUGCAAAGUUACCCAUCAAGACGUUUUCUUCGGGUCCCACGAACUCCAUGCGUGGAGCGGCAUAUCUGGGUCUUGGAAGAAGGGGAACGCCAGGUGAGACGCACACUGCGACAAUAGUAGUUGACGUCGGUGGUACGACAACGGACUGUGGUGUUCUGUUACCAUCGGGUUUUCCUCGCGCUGCGGCUGCCUAUGUCAAUGUGGCUGGAGUGACGAUGAAUUUCAGCAUGCCUCAUUUAGAGUCUAUCGGCCUAGGAGGUGGGUCGAUAGUUCGUGAACGAGGGAAUGAUGUGUCUAUUGGGCCGGACUCGGUUGGGUACCAGCUGACUGAAAAGUCGAAAGUCUUUGGCGGAGACACUUUAACAACAACUGAUAUUGCAGCGGCAGGAGGCCUUGAAAUUGGAGAUGGAUCCUUGGUUGACCAUAUCACACCCGAAAUGAUUCAGCGCGUCCGGGCCAAGACGAAGAAAAUGCUUGAACGUGUUAUCGACCGACUCAAGCUCACACCAGCGCCCCUUCCACUACUUCUAGUUGGUGGAGGUUCUAUUGUUUGCCCUGAAGAACUCGAUGGCGUGUCUCAAGUGGUGGUUCCGAAAUUUCAUUCCGUGGCCAAUGCCGUCGGGGCUGCAAUCUCCAGGGUUUGUGGAUCAGUGGAUGCUAUUUACAAUAUUGCAGAGGCUCCAUUGUCAGAGGUGUUGGAAGAUGCAAAGACUCAGGCUCUGGCAAAUGCAGUCAAGGCCGGGGCUGAUGCAAGUAAUUUGAGUGUGGUCGAACUUGACACUCUUCCCAUCCCAUACGUCUCCGGACAGCUUCGAGUUAUCGCGAAAGCCGUUGGCGAUCUUUCGCUGGAUUAUGUCGCUGAAAGCAAAGGUCGCUCCGAAACGGAGACCGAGGUGGAGGAGAGCCUUAUGGAGGCGACAAGAGAUGUGAAUCCAUCCAUGAAGGAAGAAAGCGGUAUCGGCAAAUUUGACUUUGAUGCUUAUCGCCCUCUAGUCAAGCGCAACGAAAAAUCUGGCGUCCCAGAAUGGUUUGUCUCGGAAACUGAUAUCGAGUGGCUAAGCAUAGGAUGCUACAUCUUGGGAUGUGCCGGUGGUGGCUCACCCAAAUCCGAAUUCCUGAAGCUUCGAGAUCAAUUGCGUGGAGGUUCGUCGGUUCGCAUCAUUGAUAGCUCGUCCCUGCAAGAUGAUGCCACAAUCUACUGGGGUGGAAUGAUGGGUUCACCAGCAGUGUCAAUCGAGAGGCUGAAUUCGUCGGAAUGCAUAACUGCUGUGGGAGACCUGAUGGAAUACAUGGGCCAUCAAUCAUUCGAUGCCAUUAUGGGUCUGGAAAUUGGAGGUGCUAACGGGCUCGAGCCUCUACUGAUCGGAUCUUCGCAAGCAUUCGAUCGACCAGUCAUCGACGCUGACUGGAUGGGUCGAGCAUAUCCGACAUAUUGGCAAACAACGAUCGCAGUACACGAAAGUGGACAGUUGACUCCAUGCGCAAUUGCUUCAGGUGACGGGAAAACCAUCAUUAUGACGAAGUCGCCCGACGAUGAGAUAGUGGAUCGUGCCUUGCGGGCAUCCUGCUCAGAAAUGGGGUCCAGAGUUGGAAUGGCAGCUAGGCCAACAACGACAGAUCGUGUGAAGGCAUUUGGAGUUAUCAAUACCUUGUCUCUAGCCUGGCGUAUUGGUAGGACAGUAGCACGGGCUCAACAAGAAAGCACCAUCCAUACUGUUGCUGAACAGAUCAUUGACGAGGUUGGAGGCCCAACAACAGCAAAGAUUUUGUUCCGAGGUAAGAUAACUGCAGUGGAGCGAAGGAUUUACAAAGGACAUUCAUACGGAGAGAUCACCAUCAGUCAAACCGACAAAGAUGAAGAGGAAGAGGGACAUGAAAAGCCAGCGGUCGCUCAAGGUGGUGUAGUCAAAAUUCCGUUCAAGAACGAGAAUAUAUACGCAAAACACAUCGCCGAUGAUGGUACCGAAACGUACCUAGCAACGGUGCCUGACUUGAUAUCUGUUCUCGACACACAAUCUGGGUGUGCCCUCGGCGUUCCGGAAUUUCGAUAUGGUCUGUUGGUGACAGUCCUAGGAAUAACAUGCUCACCACGUUGGUCGAACACGAAGAGAGGCUUGGAGUAUGGUGGGCCGGAAGCUUUUGGAUACAAGAUCGAUUACAAACCCUUGGGGGUGUUUGUCGAACCCAAGAGCGUGGUUCUGGAGUAUGCCGACGCCGUUGCUUAGAUAUAUAAUGCAAGAGAAGAGACCAAUAGCGAAAUGUUGCAC